AGCUGUUGAGCUAGGAAUCCUGAUUUAGGAGGGAGUUUUAUGCCUUACUGCUAGCUGCUUGCCGAAUCCCAGAGCCUCUGCUUUCUGUGCCCACCAUAUUGACCAGGAUGGGACUAUCAGAGGGGUUCUGGCACCAUGAAUAUUGGCUGCCACCUGGAGCUACCUGGGAAGACAUGAAGGAGUCUGCAAACAUACACUAUCCACAGCCUCAGAACCUCUUGCUCUGCAUCCCUGGUGCCCUACUCUUGAUCAUUGUCCGAUCCAUUUUUGAAAGAACCUUGGCUCUGCCCUUGGGCAGGAGGUUGGGUGUGAGUGACAAGCUGAGGCCCAAAGUUCAGCCCAAUGUCAUGCUGGAAGGCUUCUAUGUUCUGCUGGGCAGGACCCCAAAGGAGGGGGACCUUGUUUCCCUGGCCAAGCAAAGUGACCUGCCAGUCGAAAAGGUGAAGAUCUGGUUCCGGCACCGGCGGGCCCAGGACCGGCCCAGGGUGAUGAAGAAGUUCUGUGAGGCCAGCUGGAGAUUUGCAUUCUAUUUCACCUCAUUCUUCUCUGGGCUGGGACUCCUGUAUGAUAAGCCCUGGUUUUGGGACCACACUGUGUGCUGGCUGAGAUUUCCACAACAGCCUCUCCCAUCUGCAUUGGACUGGUUCUACCUGCUGGAGCUCUCCUUCUACUGCUCCCUGGUGGCCACCCUGCCCUUUGAUGUCAAGAGGAAGGACUUUAAAGAACAGAUCAUCCACCACAUUGCCACCAUCACUCUGAUCUUUGUCUCCUACUGUGCUAAUCUUAUACGGUUUGGGAUGAUAGUCAUGCUGGUCCAUGAUGCCUCUGAUUAUAUUUUAGAGCUUGCCAAGAUGCUCCAUUACAUGAAAUGGAAACGAGCCUGUGAAGCAGUCUUUAUUGGUUUUGCUGUGGUUUUCAUCAUAUCCCGGCUUGUCAUUUUCCCAUUAAUCACAUACUAUUACUUUGUGACGAAAUUUCAGUUGUUCCUCAUAAGCUGUCUGAUAAACACUUUCCUGAUGAUCCUGCAGUUGUUACACAUUUUCUGGUCCUAUCUAAUCAUCCAGAUGCUCUUCAGUGUCAUCCUCCAUGGUGCGAAAAGAAAAGAUGCCAGAAGUGACACUGAAGAAAGUGACAGGAGCGAAGCAGAGGAUCUAGCAAAGAACGAAGUGUAAUGCAGGUCUUGCUGCAAAACACGAAGAGCCAGGCAGACUCUUAAAAGCAGGGAGGCGGAACAGGACCUCAGGAGAGAGGCCACACAGGCUCACGGACGGCUUCACAGGAGUCUGCUUAAGUCAUCAUCCACUGUCUAGAUGAAAGUGAAUAUCAUCAUAGCAUUUACAGGCAGUUAAGUCACUUUGGGAGAUGAUUUCUUCACUUCUCCUGUUGUGACCAUUCUUUUACUACUACUCUUAUGAUCAUUUAUCCAGGGAAAAAAAGGUCUACCAGCCAAAGCCUCACUGUAAACAGAAGAGGGGUUGAACAAGCUGUUAAAGUUAUGACACCUAGCUGUGGUUAUCUCAAAAACUUCCCAAAGGUUCCCAAGAUAAUAAAUUGCAACUGCUGAAGAUUUAACUGACUUGGAAUUUCAGAAGAUACUAGUAGUUAUUUCCAGCCACCUAAUGAAAGGACUUGCAUGUCAAAGACACUAGCUUAAGUGGCAAAUAAGUUUUCAGUUCAGUUGUAUAGUAUAAAAUGAUCGGGCUUCGGGGAAGGAUAAACUGCUUCUGCAAAUAAGGCCGGGGCAACUGAUAACAAGCUGUCUGCUAUAUGAAUUAUACAAAAUAGCUCAUGUCUAAAAGAUUUUGCUAUCUGAAUGUCUACUCGGCGAGAAGGCUCCUAAAAUUGAAAGCAACUAAAACUCUUCCAAAUGCACACUUGUCCACUAGAAAUUAUAAUUUAGUCUAAAUGGAAACUCUCCGUAGGGAUGCAUUCAUU